UUCGCCUUGUUUUUCUCUUAUUCAAGCUACCAAGUUCUUUUCUUACUGUAUUCCUGUUUUAUUCUGAACCUCUCUGUUUAUUCUGAACCUCUCUGUUUAUUCAGAACCUCUCUGUUCUCCAAAAUUUUCCUUCCCUUGUUCUUUCCUUGUUUCCCUAUAUAUUUCCUUCUUGUUUCCCUCCUCUUUUCCUGUUAUUUAUGUCAAACUGUUUCUUAUAUUCUGUUUUAUCUUAGCAUUUCUGUUCGUGCCAUGUUAAAUUUAUGUAUCACUGUUCUGUUCCUGUUCUAACCCAAUUUCUUCUAGUUUAAUUGACAUUUUUAGAAAUCUCAUUUAUGCUUAUGCAAUUUGCAAAAACAAACUAUCUAGUCAUUUGUUACAGUUUGUUACAAUUUGUUAUGAUUUUUGAAAACGGAACUUUCCCAGCUGCCAAAUAAACGGACGCAGUUAUGCUCUUAAAUUUUGUUAUUGAAAUACUCCGUUACAAUGAAACUAAUUCUAGUCAUGUUUUCAAGUGUAUUCUGACGGUUAAUAUAUUUAUUUACAUUUUGUAUAUUUACAGAUAAAAUGGCGGCAGCCCCACAUGAAAUACCAGAAUUACUGAAGUGUCCCGAAUGUUCCGCCUUGUUAAAGAAUGCAACUGAAUUGCCGUGCUGUCGGAAAUGUCUAUGCAGACCCUGUGCGUACAAAAAGUUAAUGUUGAACAAGAAGCUGUGUUGGUUUCAAUCUACUUCACAAUGUAGUUCUCCACUCUCUCUAGAUAAACUAUCACCGGCUCUAGAGAUGCGUGAGCUUGUACAAGAUUUCAUUGACGGUGGAACUAAAUAUAAGGACAGGGAAAAGGAGGAUGAGGACAGGAGUAUUCCUGAAUAUAUUGACUGUGUCGAUGUUUCUUUACCUCGUCUUCCUGUUAUAAUCAAAACAGAAACUCCCUGCCAGGAUGAAGAAUAUUCUGAACUGGGAUCAGGGUUGCCAAGCAUUAAAACGGAGACUUCAGGGGUUAUCACCUCCCAGACAUCAGGGUUCAACAGCUUUACAUCGGAGACCUUGGGGUUCUUCCCAACCUUGGAAUCAUUCCCGGAGUUUGCUCUCAAUUCAUCGGUUGGAAAGGAUAAGGAAACAAUUCUUCCCCCGACUGCCUUAAAGGAAGAAGUUUCCGUGAAGAGUGAGAAGGGCGUGGUAGAAGGAGAAGAGGAGGAGAAGGAUCCCGGUGAGGAGGGGGAGGAUGAGGAUGGGGAGGUGUUAGAAGGAUUUUCCCCCCGCCCCUAUACACUUCCUAAUACUCCCUCAUCAGUUAGAACUGAACACCAGAGCUCAGGAUACUGGUCCGAUGAUACCUUUGAGGGACCUUUCUUCGGUAAACUACACUGGGAACUAGAAGACCCUGGCCAGGGGUAUAUUGAAUGCUGGGACGGGGACGAGAUGAAGAAAGCUUAUGUGUCAAGGUUGGAUGUGAAGUGUGGGGCCGAGUCUGGAGAUCUGGUAGAGUUUACUCUGAAAACAGAUUCAGAGCACGGCAAGGUUGCUAGACGGGUUAAGCUGGUUGAGAAAGGAUUACCUGCCUCGGAUGAAGAUCAAAUAAAAUCUCAGGAAAGAUUUAAACGAUCCCUGGAGAUCUACGCAGCUGACAAGUUUCAGAACGAGAAGAGAAUAAAGGUGGAGGACAUUAUUGAUGCUGAAACUGAGCUACAGGGUAUGACUAGUUCGUAUAUGGAUAUUGUAGCAGAAGAGGAUCCAGUACCAUGGAACACAGAUAAUAUCAAAUCAGAGAUGAAUGAAUUGUUGAGUAUAGAGGAACCAGCUAGUGAAACCUGUAUUUGCUCUAGUUCUACUUUAUCCAGAUGUGGAUUGUGCCCAAUGUAUAUCCUGCGCAGUGAGUCCCAGCACACAAUUCUAGAAGCUGAAUCCAUCACAUUUCUUGCUCGGAUUGCUGGAGAAUACGAGGAUAUUAAGUUCGUUCGACAUCUUCCUUUCCCUUUCCAGAUCUCUCACGGGUUUGUAGAUUUUAAGCUACUGGCUAGCCUUGGUACCAAAUGUAUAGUGAAGAAGGUUACCCCUGUAUUCAAGCACAACUAUGUAUUUGUCAGUGUGAUGAACGAUACAGAGUUCCAAGUAAACAUAAGUCCGGGAGAUGUACUCGGUAUUUGUCAGGCGCAUCAAACACAGGAAGCUGAAGUAUCCCAGAACUUUAUAAUGGAGCCACCAGACCGUCAAGAUGCAGGGCUCAUGCCCAUUCUUGUCAAGAAGAAGGACUUUACCCGCUACGAGGAGAAUCAUGUCUGCGGUUUCGCUGAGAUUGGAUCCACAGAUAUGAACUAUAAAUUCUGUCUUGUUAAGAUUAAACUAUUACCAGAAUAUGAAUCUAAGUUUAGUUUACUUAAGGAUGAAAUGACGGUACAGAUUAAGAGAAAUGUCUGGCUGGAGUUCAUCCCUAGGAGCAAGGGUUAUGAAAACCUUCUUCCUAAAAAUGGCAUCAUUGGGCAUGCCAUGAGCGUCAUGAAUGAGUUCUAUGUCGAGGACUUGUUUAAAUCCGUGUCUCCAAUUCCCAAUUCGGUGAUGAAGGAUGAGAAAGCUGGCAAAAGGGAAUCUGCGAGUAAUGUAGACCCGUAUGAGUCGAUGAUGUUGAAACUUGACAAAGAUAUUUGUUCAGUGGUUUCAACACAAAAAGGAGAUUCUGCUGCUAAGCUGAACAUUCUUGAUAAAAUUCUGAGAGGUGUCACCAACGAGAAAAUUGAAAUUGAUUCUGGUAGUGAGCGAACAUUAACUCUCUUCCUUCAGAGUGAUGAAUUUGACCCCAAAACUCUGUUAAAAAUGCAAGUUGACAUAACUAAUAAUGAAGAGUUUAAAUAUUUCAAUAAUUGUUACAACAUUGAACCUCAGGUGUGCACUGUUACUAACAGUACAUGCAAACAAACCAACACUUCCUUACCAUGUGUUAAAGUUAUAGUUAAAAACCAAAGAACUGAAAGGGCGACUCUUCCAGUCAAUUCUUCUAUUGCUCUGGUUAAAAUUCACCAUAAACCCAGUAGUGAGAGACUUAAAACUCCAGUACCUGAACCUAGGCAUCACAUUAAGCGAUCUUUUUCUGCUGCCAAAGCUCUUGAGAAGCAUGAGAGGAGAUGCAACAGAAUUUGGGAAAACAUUUUAUCAGAGAAAACAUUUGCCAGAUCUUUUGAAGUUGAGACAAAGUUUCCAUACUUCACUGCUCAGCCUAAACCAAAAAUACCAUUUGGUUUAAAGCUUCCUGCACUGUUAAUGAGGGUUGGACAGAACCAGGAGUCUAGACCUACCAGGGUCUUGGACAAAGUCAGUGGAGUGUUUACUUGCACCAUUUGUGAUACUCUUAUUCUGGAUAAGUAUACUCUACAAGAUCAUGUGUAUUCUGUGAAGCACAAGAACAACAUGAAACAGUUUCAAGUCAUUGCUGGUGUUGAAGAGAGACUUUUUAUGAACAGACCGGUGAUUCAGGAGAUGCUUGAUCAAUUUCGAGGAUGCCAACUGCUGGGGCUUGAUUAUUUGUUUGAGGUUCUGCAGGGAUCGGAGCAAGCAUUAUACCACUGUGCCUUGUGUAACCAGAGCUUUGAUGAAUAUACACUUAUGUCCCAUCUCAUCUCUAUUCAUCAUGUAUUUACCUUUAUUAAGGAGUUCUUCCCUCUAGCUUGGGUCAGACUCUCUCCCAUUCAAGAUGUUGAGAAAUGGACUGAAAUUGAUCUAGAAUGCUUCCAUUCAAUCAUAGAAAAAAUUGAUUCUGUUUUUGGUCAAAGAAAACCUUCAAUAGUUGAAAAUGAGGAACAGCUAGAGAAAGCAGUGGAAAAGAUUCCAACCAACUUGUACACUACUAAAAGAGGAGAUCUUGAUACUUUCUUUAGAAAUCUCAAACCCAGUGAUUCCUCCCCUGUUCACAAGCCAAAACUAAGAUCCAAGUUAAUUUCUCGAAUAGCUAUUGGUGUGGAUCACCUAGUAUUAGCACCGGGAGCUGUGGAUAGAAUAAAGUGCAAAAUUAACAAUGUUCCUAUUAGUGUUGCUCUUGAAUCUAAUUUUGUUCUUGUUACCCGUAAUCCGUCCAACACAACUUGUGAUAUCAAACCUGGGAUUAGUAGGGUCUUUCUGAAGGGCAGAGCCCCUCAUAUUUAUGUAAAUGUUGUUAACUCAAGGUUGGACUCCAGUAUACAACUCGAACCUUACACUGAGAUUGCCUUGAUAAAAUGGAAAAAGUAAGCCAAUAACAUUUGAUCUCAAAAAUAUGCUAGUUAAUCCCCCCCCCCUCAUACAAUGCAUUCCCCCCUCUCCCUGACUUUACAAGAACUUGAGUACAAAUUUAAGUGACAUAUAGUGAUUGAAAGUUGUUUCCAUUUGUUCAGCUGACUAAAUUUAUAUUACAUUACAGAAAA